AAAUGGCUGCAGAAUGCGCCUCUUAAACUCAGGACAGUCCAAGUAAGUCAACCACACACAAAAAAAAAAACUAGAAAAGUAGUGUGAAAAGCUUUAAGGUCUCCUCCCGGCCACUCUAAGAUUCUAUGUUCAGUAAACCCCCAGCAGGCAGCUGAUUUCAGAGGUGCUGCCAGGAGGACUGGGCACAGCCCUGUGGAAAAGGAGGAUGCCUCCAGUGUCAGUAACAGCUGGAGCAGCUCUUCUGCCCCCCCAGGUAGCCAUGAGCUCACAAGGCCAGAUGUAAGUGCAGACAGACUGAUCCCUGAGCUAACAGCACAGAAACUCUCAUUUGGGACCAAGAUCACCUCACUGCAAAGCUUGAAGGGACAUGGGGACACUGGGUUUCUCCAGCUCUUACCAGUCCUCCCCCCUUUAUUUGACUCAAGGGCUCCUGUGGAGCAAAAAGCUAAAGGAUGGGAGUGCAGUCGGCUUGGCUUGUGCUCUACUCUUCCCUGGAUUUCUGUCUAUGGCUUCUGUUCACCUCUGCACUGAAAGCACCAUCAAAAGGUGACUUACACAAGCUGAAUUAUAAACCCAGAGAGCUGGAGGCGCAUUUGGGGCUGGAAGAACCUUUGAGCUGACCCCGUGUGGUCAUUCUUAUUUUCUGUUCUUCCCGCUGAUACCAUUUUCCCCACUCUCUCUUAUUCAGGCUCAGCAGAGAAGGGAGAGCCACAGAGAGUUUAUCUGGGCUCCCAGAGGCUUGUCCUGGCCCUGACCCACACAGGCCAGGGGGGAUGUGAAGAGCCCUGCUCGCACACAAGGACAGAUGAAUUCGGUGUGCUGCUGUGAGUGCUCACUACACGUCACAUGCUCCAGUGCACCCUAAGUAAAUAGAUUUUUAAAUGCACAGCUCAGUAAUAGUAAACAGGUUAAUUACAACGUAACACGUCCCUUUUAGUGCAGUUGUUUCUCCUCGAAAAUCCAGCAGCAAAUCCCUGCUAUAGCAUCCAUGUUUUCUUUGUCAAUUUGACUGUUACAGCAAUUAAGUCCCAGUAAAAUAACACGACUAAUUGCUUCCAGCUCUUUUCUGAAGUUCAUCUUAAUUUCCACUCUUUUCUGUGGCAGAUUAAACGAACAUGUCUUCUGCACAUCAAGAAAGAAGAAAAUUACCAUCACUCUGUCCAGACCAUAAUAAAUAUUAAUUGCCAGGCACAAGGCAGGACUAGAUUAAAAAUAUGCUGGCUCCAAAUAACUCUUAUCUCAUCAUGAAGCAGGAUGACCCAUUGCAGGUGCAGCGGGAAGGAACUAUCUCAGUCCUGCAGGGAUCAGAGCUGGGAAACACAAAAACUGCUACAAAAAUUAAAAAUCAACCGAUCCCUCUCAGAUGGGGCUCUAAUCUUCUUUUUUCUUUUCCCUUGCACCUCAUUUCCACCUUGCAAAUGUAAUGCCUGUGGUUCCUGCUGGGCUCUGGGGACAAUUCACGGAGACCCCAGAGUCAGACCAAGCACCCUCGGUGUGUCCCCGGCAGAGCUGCUCCUCCUUGGAGAAGGAAAAACAGAGAUCCCACCAGCCUGGGGACUGAAAUGUUGAGUUUUAAACCUGUUGCACGUGGCACAGCAAACCGAAGGCCGGAGAUCCUUCCCCGUGUGAUCAUGAAAGGUGUGUGGCUGACAGCAUUGCAGACAGAAGCUCAGCUCAUCCACAGAACAGUCUGAUAGAAAGACACCAAUGAAGAACUUCCUGAAGUUUUAACCUCCACAUUCAUGUCAGUACGUGCAUCAUGGCACAGCAAGGAAAUGUUGGUGAGCUCCUCUCAAUGCUGGAUUCUCCAAUUCUGGGUGUCCUGGAAGAUAUAACAGCUGCAUUCAAAGAUAAUCUCAGUUGUGACCGUGGGCCUAUGCUUGUCAACAACCUGGUGGACUAUUACUUGGAAACCAAUUCUCAGCAGGCACUGCAUAUUCUGUCCACUCUGCAAGAGCCUCAUGACAAGCAUCUACUGGACAAAAUUAAUGAUUAUAUGGGCAAAGCUGCUACUCGUUUACCUACCCUCUCUCUGCUGGGACAUGUGAUAAGACGACAGCCAUCUUGGAAACACAAACUUUCUCAAGCACCUCUCCUGCUUUCAUUACUUAAAUGUCUCAAGACUGACACAGAUGUAGUAGUACUCACCACAGGUGUCCUAGUGCUAAUAACCAUGUUGCCAAUGAUUCCUCAGUCUGGCAAACAGUACCUUCAUGAUUUCUUUGGUAUCUUUGGGCGUCUCUCAGCCUGGUGCUUGCAGAAUCCAGGUCAUGUGGCAGAGAUUUAUCUUGUCCAUCUUCAUGCCAGCGUUUAUUCCCUCUUUCAUCGUCUUUAUGGAAUGUAUCCUUGCAAUUUUGUCUCCUUUCUGCGCUCUCACUAUAGUAUGAAGGAAAACCUGGAGACCUUUGAAGAAGUAGUCAAGCCAAUGAUGGAACAUGUGCGUAUUCAUCCAGAGUUAGUGACUGGAUCCAAGGACCAUGAACUGGACCCACGAAGGUGGAAAAGGCUAGAAACUCAUGAUGUUGUGAUAGAAUGUGCCAAAAUCUCCCUGGACCCUGCAGAAGCCUCCUAUGAAGAUGGUUAUUACUCUGUGUCUCGGAAACUCUGCACAAGCUUAAAACAUCAUCAAACUGACCCCAGUGCCAGCUCUUACAUUGACACACAGAGCAGCUAUGGGACUUCUACCCCAUAUUCCACUCCUCGGCUAACACUAUCACAAAUGUCAGGGCAGCUACCUCAGAUUCUGAGCCCACAGUCCACGAGGCUGUCAACUGAGCCACAGCAGGUCACCAUCUGGAGCCCUUCUGCAGUGUGUGGUAUGACCACACCACCAACGUCCCCCGGCAUUGUCCCAUCAGAGUCAUCCCAGUCUGCACCACAACCCUGCAGCAAAGCUUUUGGCACAUCUGCAGGGGGGAAAGGAACACCUUUGGGAACACCAGCCACAUCUCCUCCUCCACCCUGCACUUCAGAUGACUUUGUGCAUGUUUCACUCCCUUCAGCUGCUGCCACACCUCCUAAAAAGGAGGACAAACCAGAUUCUGGGAGGCCUUUACUGUACCGACAGCAAAAUGUCACAAACAGCGAUAAAUCAUUGGACAUACCAAGUAGUAAAAGUUCAGUAACCUUAAGUGAUCUUCCAGAGUUUUUAGGUGGGUUGUCGUUUGAAGAUAGCGCUGAGAAGGACAGAGAGGAAGAUGCAAUAUCUAAAGAGAUCUCCGAGAUUACCACCGAUGCUGAACACAUGGUGCCUAGAGGAGGAUUUGACUCCCCGUUUUACCGCACAAACGAAAGUCUGUCAGGCUCUCAGAAGAAGACCCACUCAGCAGCCUCCAGUGUUCAGGGACACAGUCAGAACUCUGAGCCUUUAACAUCUCUGGACAAGUCUGGGCCUGAGGGUGCACGGGAAACACCCAAACAAACGUUUACUCCCAUAGACAAGCCCUGUGGAGGCCCUGGGGAAAGCCCUGCUGGGAACAGGGAAGGAACCUCUGGGGAGCCGAGUAUUCUCACUCCCAGCCCUUGUAAAGUACCAGCACAAAGGAGAGUGGUGUUUGGGAGUGGGCAGCCUCCCCUCUAUGAGCACCUCUUUGAGGUUGCAUUACCAAAGACUGCCUACCUCUUUGUUGGCAAGAAGACUGAGGAGCUGCUAAAGAAAGCCAAGGGAACCCAGGAUGAAGACUGUAUGUCCUCAACUUCACCCGUGGAAGUGCUGGACAGGCUGAUUCAGCAAGGAGCAGAUGCACACACUAAGGAGCUGAACAAAUUGUCUCUGCCAAGCAAAUCUGCUGACUGGACUCACUUUGGAGGUUCUCCCCCCUCGGAUGAGAUUCACACCCUGAGGAACCAGCUGCUUCUGCUGCACAACCAGCUGCUGUACGAGCGCUUCAAGAGGCAGCAGCACGCGCUGCGCAACCGCCGACUCCUGCGCAAAGUCAUCAAAGCCACGGCUCUGGAGGAGCACAAUGCUGCCAUGAAAGAUCAGCUGAAACUGCAGGAAAAGGAGAUCCAGGCCUUGAAACUGAGUCUGCAGAAAGAACAGGCAAGGUACCACCAGUUUCAGGAGGAACAUGAUAAUAUUGUGGCUCAGCUUCACAGCCAGAUCCGACAGCUGCAGCACGACCGGGAGGAAUUCUACAACCAGAGCCAGGAAUUGCAGACCAAGCUGGAAGACUGCAGGAACAUGAUAGCAGAUCUGAGGUUAGAGUUAAAGAAGGCAAACAACAAGGUGUGUCACACUGAAUUGCUGCUUAGCCAAGUUUCUCAAAAGCUUUCCAACAGUGAAUCAGUGCAACAGCAGAUGGAGUUCUUGAACAGGCAGCUGCUGGUUCUUGGGGAGGUCAAUGAGCUGUACGUGGAGCAGCUGCAGCACAAGCACACAGACACUACAAAGGAGGUUGAAAUGUUGCACGCUGCUUAUCGGAAAGAACUGGAGAAAGCAAAGUUGUGUGUUCAGCAGCAAAGCCAAAGGCUUGAUGCUUCCCAGAAAAGGAUAGCUGAACUGGAAUCUCAGCUUGCAAAAAAGGACCACCUCUUCCUGGAGCAAAAGAAAUACCUGGAAGAUGUUAAAAUCCAAGCAAGGGGUCAGCUGCAGGCAGUAGAAAGCAGGUACAAGGCCCAGAAAAAAAUCACCCAGGCAUUUGAGCUGGAGAUCUUGGAUCUGUUUGGGCGGCUGGAGAAGAGCAGCCUACUGAAAAAACUUGAAGAUGAUAAAACAGAAGCAGCUGAAGCAGCAGAAGAAAGCAGGCUGGAUUGUGGUAAUGAAGAUACAGCAGGACACAGUGAAGAAACAAUGGGUAGAAAUGGAGAGACCAAACCUCCCAGCACUCGAGGCAGCAGUAGCAGUAAGGGGGGCAGCAGCAGCGAGCUCUCCACCCCAGAAAAACCCCAGAACCAGAGGCUGAGCAGUCGUUGGGAGACAUCCGUGCUGCUGGAGCCCUCAACUACUGUCCCACUGACUGUAGGUUCACUCCCCAGCUCCAAGAGCUUCCUUGGAAUGAAGGCACGAGAAUUAUUUCGCAACAAGAGUGAGAGCCAGUGUGAUGAGGAGGGGGUCACCAUCAACAGGCUCUCUGAUGCCCUAAAGACUGAACUGUGUAAAGAUCCAAGCAUGGAGUCAAAGGUCCCUCCAAGCCCCGAAAACCUCUCGCCUAAGCUCCAGGAAAGCAGUGUUGGACAGCUUCAUAUCAUGGACUACAAUGAAACUCAUCAUGACCACAGUUAAAGAGGAAGAUAGUCAAUCAGUGUUAUUUUCAUAUUCUUGGCAUAGAACAGGAGGCGUGAGUGCAAGUUUAACUAAAAGCUUUUAUGUUUCUUUGGUCUGAGCAGUGGCUCAUGCAGCGGAGCAGGAUCGAUGGCCAGGAACGGAAGGAGGCUGCUGAAUGAAUGCAAAGUGGAUUUUGGGGUCUGGAAUUGAAAAUGCCCAGCCUAACUCUUGCUUCUUUCUCAAAUUCAAUCCUUAGCAGCGUGUACUAAUUUGAAGGGACAACUGUUAGCAUUUGCAAGUAUUAUUUUCCCUUUCUCCCUGCCCCCAGUUGAGUGGCUGCGUUUAUGAACUUGAGUGCAAUAUGAGGCCAAAUUAACAUUUGUGAGUUUACUCUGAAUGCUUUGUAUUUCUUUGCAAGCUUCCCAUUUAGAGCAGUUGGUUGUGCUGCCUCUCCAGGUGACUUCGGUUCCUUUCAUCCUGGAAAGAAGCAGCACUAGGAUUUCCAGUGCAUUCUCUAUUUUUGCCUGUCCACUGCCCCACAUCCCCCAGAGCCCAAUCUUCAUUAAGUUGGAGUCUGGAUACCCAAAUGUUUAAAGAACAUUGUACCUCUGCAAAAUGAUUCAUUCACCCUAAUUCAUGAUCAUUGUUUAUAUUGUCCUUAACAUUUCCUGGGAAGUUACAUUUGAACAGACAAAAAGGAACUGGAGCUUGUAAUGCAGAAGAGACCGUAAAUGCUGAAGACUUGUUAAAACACCAGCUUCACAUCUUCUUGGUGUUUGAAAUGUUUGCCUGAUUGACCUCACACUGGUUCCUAUGAGAAAGCAGUUGGGGUGGGAGAAGAGGGAAGAGGAAGCUUUACUCAAAUAGGGAGAGGAUGCAGAACAUGGAGGUAGAAUUCCAAGCUUAUGAAAUCUGCAGAGGAGGAUUUGCUUCUCUAAUCAGGGAAAUGUGCUGCCUCACCCUCCUUCCUUUGUUUCUGGUUUGAACAAGACCACCAUGUUUUGAGUCAAAGAAAUUGGCUUCAUUCUUCCUGACAAUGCCUUUUCAGGCUUGCCUUGGAGAACACGUGAGUGCUCUCCUACUCAGAUUGCAGCACAUUUUUGAGUUCAGCAGUGUCAGUUUGGCUCUAGGUCCCUCCCCUUCACCCUCAUCCUACUUCUUUAGAUGACAAGGCUGAGGAGGAACCCUGCUCACACUGAAAUCAGAAUCCUGGCGUGAAGCCUUUUGGUGUUAAUCAUGUUUUAAGUCAAUUAUGAGCCUUCUGUGAAGGAGGAUUGUGGGAUCAGGGCUUGCCAGUGGUCAGACUCAAUCUCCUUCGUGACAGAACAGGGCCUGCUGUUAGGAAGGCAGUGCUUGUUUUAAAUGUCCCACGUGGCUGGGUCCAGGUGUACUCAGAUGGUUCAGGCUUCACAGCUCCCCUGCAUCACUCGUAGCCUCUUCUCCUAAACAUUCUGUGGGUGGCAGCUGCUGUUUAAGAACCACCUCACACAGAAAUCAAGUCCAAGCACACUUGCAUUUGUAGUUCAAAUCCCUUCUUAGCCCGGGUGGGAACGAGGCUGUCAGAGCAGCUCAGCUCAUUCCUGACAGGGCUCGUCCUCCCAUUCCCACCUCCUCCGAAACUCCAAGGUCUGAAUACAUUUCUGCCUGUCUUAAAUUAUUCUCCGUGUCCUUUCAGUUGGUCAGUCCGAACUCUGAGAGUAGAGGUGAACUUCAGUGGUUGUGUCAAAGCUGACUCUGCAUGGAGUAGAGAGUAGAGAGUUGGUUGUAAGUGGCAGCCUGGUUUUGUCGGCGUCUUUAGGCUUUCUCAGACGUAGUGGUAGCAAACGUGGUAGCGCGUGUUUCGGUAAGAUUUGGAGCUUUCCUGCCCCUUCCCCACUGGAUCCCAGCCCGGGGACUGAACGGUUUGCACACAAAGAGCCUGAUGGGCCAGCUCAGCUGGGAAUGUUGGAGGAGCUCGUUCCCAUCCUGCUCUGCCGAGCCCGGGUCUGGCGUUCCCAGGAGAGGCAGGUUUUGUGUCAGUCACAAAAAUGCCCUGGCAGCAACGCAAGCUCUUUGAUAAGGUGGCUUUUUUUCUUCUUUUAAACAGGAUUUUAGCACCAGGAUAGUAAUGGAAACCACUUUAGGUUUGUUUAUGGACCACAAAGAUUAUGGAGGAACAAAUUUUUCAAUUUUCUUUCCUAAGUCUAAAAAUCAUGGAUCUGCUGUAUGUAGUUAACUUGCAGUUUGUUUGAAGGGGUCCCAUCAGUGAAGUGGAAACAGAUUUUUUUAACUGACUGCUUUUAGUUAAAUCUAAAAUUGCUGUCUUUGUCAAGUUAAUCUGUUCCCUGCCUCGCUCUUUGUAAGCAUGUUAAACAAUCCACAUUAAAUGCCAUAAAUAUGAAAUACAAGGAAAUGGUACAAUCGUAAGCUAAAGAGAAUUUAAACCAAAAGGAGGUUUUGCUGUCCUUAUUAGAAUGUUCUAAAAUGUCAAGGCAGUUGCUUGUGUUUAACUGUGAACAAAUAAAAUGUAUUGUUUUGCACUA